UCAUUCACGUGUUUAACAAAACUUUUUGCCGUUCUUGUGUUUAUGUUGUUUUUUCUAAGAAACCAGUUAUAAACAUUAUCUUUCUCUGAUUAGUGUGUAGGAAAACCAUUGCAUAUCGACUUUUUAAGAUGCCUCGUACUAAUCUUUCUCCUAAAUCUGAGAAAAAAAAGAGGAAAUUGUGGAGUGCUGACGACAUGAAAAAGGCAGUAGAGGCUGUUCGUAAUAAGCAUAUGGGUUUUAAGAAAGCAGUCAAAACAUUUGCUGUACCAAGAACUACGUUAAGAAGGCUAGUUCAUGAUCCUGAGUUAUCAUUAGAUCUGUUAGUAAGAAAACCGUUAGGUAGAAAAACUAUUUUACCUUUAACUCUGGAGAACCAAUUAGUUGAUUAUCUUUUGCAAAUGGAGCGCACCUUUUAUGGACUUACACGCUUGGAUGUUAGGCGAAUGGCUUAUCAAUUAGCAGUCAGAAAUAACAUCCAGAAUGCGUUUCAAAAUGAAAGAGAAGGUAGAGCAUGACUCGACCAUUUUUUAAAUAGACAUAAAAAGCAAUUAUCUCUCAGAAAACCAAUGCGAACAUCUUACGCUCGAGUGCAAGGCUUCAAUCGCCCAGCAGUUAAGGAGUUUUUUGAUCUGUUAGAGGUUGAAUAUACAAGAAAAAAUUAUUCUCCCGACCGUGUCUAUAACGUAGAUGAAACUGGACUCACAAUCGUGCAAUCAAAAGUACCGCAAGUAAUAGGACGAAAAGGUAAAAGGCAAAUAGGGGCGUUAACUGCAGCAGAACGCGGGUCUUUAGUGACGUUGGUGUGCGCAAUGAGCGCAGGAGGAACUUUUAUCGCACCAAUGUUAAUUUUUCCAAGAAAAAAUUUUUCAGAUGUAUUAAUGAAAGGGGCUCUGCCAGGAGCAAUCGGAAGAGUACACCCUUCUGGUUGGAUAGAAACCAAUUUAUUUUCUGAAUGGUUUAAUCAUUUUGUAUCAAAGACCAAUCCAACAGAGGAUUCUCCUCUCCUUCUUAUACUUGAUGGACAUUACAGCCACACUCGGAAUAUUGCUGUUCUAGAAGUUGCUCGUGAAAAGCAUGUCACCAUUAUCAGCUUGCCUCCUCAUACUACGCACAAGCUGCAACCGCUUGACAAAACAUUUAUGAGUCCACUUAAAUCUCAUUAUAGUGAGGAAAUAAGAAAAUUUCUGUUACAUUCUGACAGAAUGGUUAAGCCUCAUGAUGUUGCUGAGUUAUUUGGUAAAGCUUAUUUAAAAUGUGCAACAGCUGAGAUCGCAGUAAAUGGUUUUAAAGUGACUGGAAUAUAUCCCUUCAAUCCUCAAAUUUUUAAGGAUGCUGAUUUUCUAGCAGCGUCACAAUCGCUUCAACUGGAAGAGGAAAAUAUAUCAUCGAGUUCAACUACUUUGAUGAUGAACCCAACUGAGUCGUCUGUCGAAACUGCUACAUUAACUAUAGAAUCGUCUCGCCAACCCACUUCAUGCACUGUUCCUGAAUCCUCCAUUCAACUAAAGUCAUGUGCUCCAAGCACGUCAACAUCAGAUUCAGUAUCUCUUCAACCCAAAUCAUCUAGCGAGCAUGGAAGACUGCUAACUAUAAAGCCUUCUGUCUUCUAUUCAAAACCAGGAACAUCAUCAGCUGUAAACCCUUCGCUUAUACUACCAUAUCAAAUUUCACCAAUACCCAAGCCUAAAAUAAAAACCUCAAAUCGAGGAAGAAAAUCAACAAAAGCCACUGUAAUUACAUCAUCGCCUUAUAAAUUUGAAUUAGAACAAUCUCUUAAGAAAACUGAAGACCGUAAACAGAGUUGUGGACGCGGAAGGGGACGAGGACGAGGUCGAAUUUGCAAAAAAGCCCAAGAGAAAGUUCGGAAACGUAUUACCGUCGAAGAUUCUGACACCGAAGAAAGUGAUCUUUCCAAUAUUGAAGAGGAUACAGAUUCCGAACUAAGUUCUCAGGGUUCAAUUCCUGAUAACGACGACGCCGUGUGCAUCUUUUGCGAGGAGUCUUAUUCAAGUAAUAGCAGAGGGGAGACUUGGAUAAAGUGUCAGAGCUGUCUUUUGUGGGCACACAAUGAAUGUGCCGGUGCAGAAACUGAACAUUAUAUGUGCGAUUUCUGCCGAUAGAUUUUUGUAUUCAUUUAAUAUGGCCCCCUGGGGGCCAUAUUAGAGUGACGUUUUUGUUUUUCACAGUAUUCUAGAUAUUGAAAAGAAUAAUUUUUUUAUACGUUAUAUCUUGAUUUUUUUUAAUAAUACUGUAUUAGUAUUAAACUAAUAGU